AUGUCCGCCGUUGAAGAGAGACAAGCCGAGAAGCGACCACUCGACAAGGGAGACGAAAAUGAGGAAGAAGUAGUUGCUGCUAAGGAAGCCCGUGUCGAAAACGGAAAGGCUGAGGAGGAAGUGAAGGAGAAGACUGUCAAAGGUAAGGCCUACGUCAUCGUGAACACAGCCGCUAUCACGAAUGGAAGAAAUCCGUUUUUUGCUGUCCCUUACGUUGCUGGAGAAAAUGAAGACGAGGAAGAUGACGAUGACGUUGACGAGGAAGAUGUGAAUGAUGAGGAGUCGAGCGAGGGAGAAGGUGGAUCGGACGGUGGAGAAGGAGAAGAAGAAGCUGAUUCCGGAGAUGAUGAGGAUGGCGAUGAUGCCGAAGGAGGAGACGAAAGCGACUAA